AUGACGACUACCAUCGGCCUACCAUACGAUGACCUCCGGCCCCAUGUCGUGAGGCCCAAGAGGUCUUUCCUCCAGAGGCUCAACGAAACCCAUGAACAGCUCAUUUCUCACAUGCGAUCGUUGAAGGUGGAGGAACCGACAUUAUCAACCAAACACCAUGGACCUUCCAUGGAACGUAUGCGCACAAUGUCGACCGUAUCGCUUACAUCGACUUCGGGCUCAGAACGCGAAUACUUCCAAAGCACCGAUUCGGAGAGUGAAAGCCCCAUGUCCAGCGGCUUCCUGUCCCCACCACUUUCACCAGCCGACGGUAGCUCCUUUCCAAUUCACCAGUAUCUCUCGCCAAAGGACCGGAAAAGCAGCCACGAGUACAUCAAAGGCAUGCAAAGCUACGUGAACCGGAAACAAGCCACAUACGAAUCAAUGGUCCAGCGAAGUCUCCCCAUCUCCCCGCCACAGACGCCUCCCCUGGACUCUGCGAGCUCGCUCAAGAGCGCAAAGAGUGAAAUGUCCGACGAGCAGAUUGACGACUGGCUCGACCGGCCCAUGGACGCAGAGUUGCACCGAUUCCAGAAGCUUUCAGCCUCUGGAUCCGAAUACUCGACUGAUUCGGAAGAUGAUGAGAACAAGAUUCACGUCAUUGUGGAGCAACCAGACGAGGAAGACAAUGCCGCACACGAAGAACGACUAGCGAAUUCCGCUCGCUGGCGUGAGACGUGGUGCAUGCAAAAGGCGCCUGAAUGUGGAAGUACUGCAAGUCUGCCUUACAAAGUCAAUGACGCGGUGUCAGGUGAUGUUUGGGCCAAAGAAGCAGAGGCAGAGGCAGAGGCAGAGGCGGAAGAAGAGAGUGUCGAGUCCAAGUUGCUGUUGCUGCCGAUCGGUAUCCUAGAAACCGUUGCGUCUCAUCUACAAAAAGAAGAUGUACGCUCGGUCCGACUUAGCUGCACGAAGCUCAACAGCCUACUUGCAGCACCCCUGUCGACAUGA